AUGGACGUGCCUGGAUUCGCACUGAUCACCGGCGGCGGAUCCGGCAUCGGCAGAGCAUGUGCGCAGACGUUUGCGCGCGAAGGCGCCGCGGGAGUGGCACUGCUGGACGUGAACCACGAAGGAUUGUUGGCGGUGAAGGCCGAGGUAGAGCAGGAAAAGAGACCUCCAGGACUCCAAGCGUGCAGGGUCGAGGUGUACGUGGUUGACGUGCGGAACGAGGACCAAGUCAACCAGACGGUGAACCAAGUGGCGCAGACGUUUGGCCGGAUCGACUACGUGGUCAACGCGGCGGGUGUGGCCAAGAAACACGAGGGGGGAGCGGCGUUUGCGCGCACGGACGACUGGCAGCGCGUGCUGGACAUUAACCUCACGGGCACGUUCUUUGUGCUGCGGGCGGCGGCGCAGAUCAUGUUGAAGCAGGAGCGCAUCGUGUCAUCCCUCGACGGGAGGGCGUUGCAGCGCGGGUCCAUCGUCAACUUCGGCUCCAUCUUGGGCCACGUCGGCGUGCCCACGUCGACGGCCUACACGGCGUCCAAACACGGCGUGCUGGGCCUCACCCGCACGGCCUCCGAGGACUACGCCGCCCGGGGUCUCCGCAUCAACGCCAUCUGUCCCGGAUACAUCGACACGCCCAUGACGAACCAGGACCCCGUCGUGCGCGGCGUCAUGGCCGAGCGCGUCGCCAACGCCGUGCCCAUGCAGCGCGCGGGACAGCCCCAGGAAAUCGCCGACGGGGUCGUUUACCUCUGUGGCGGGAGGAGCUCGUUCGUUACGGGCACGGCGUUGUUUGUCGAUGGCGGGUAUACGGAGAGGUAG